UUUGCGGGAGCAGAGUCUAAAGAACAGAAGAAAAUGAAUUGACAAAGAUUUAUCUUUAAAAGCCUAUUAAUUAAAUAAAGGAACUGAAAAAAUAGGAUAUUCUACUAACAAGACUCUCAUUUUUAAAAAUUAUUUCAGGAAUAACCAUUUUUUUAAAAAUGUUGAAGAUUUUAGACAUCAGUCUUAUACUAUUAAUUCUUUCAUUGCUAACAAACAUCAAGAGUACAAAGGUGCUGUCAGCACAGAAAAAGUGUGGUGAUCCAGAAUGCGAAACAUCUAUGAGCAGAGUAUUAGCCAUUAAAGACUACACUGGGCCUGAUUGCCGCUACCUGAGCUUCAGAAGUGGGGAAGAAAUAAUGGUAUACUUCAAACUUUCCAGGAAAAGGGAGGAUUUGUGGGCAGGAAGUAAAGGCACAGAAUUUGGUUAUUUCCCAAUGGAUGCUGUCCAGACAGAAGAAAUUUUUGUUACAAAAGAAAUAGAAGUACCAACAAAGGAAACUGAUUUCCUUUGUCUUGAUGGUGGGGAAUAUGUUUUUGAAAAUGAAGACAGCAUAUUUAAUCAUCAUACUGAAGAAAAUGAGUAUGUAUCUCUUUACCCAGAUGGUAAAGACUCAGACUUUAACAUGCCUGAGGAUGAGAUCAUGAAGCUCCCAGAUACUUCUAUCCCAACAGAAUAUAAAGGAUCAUUUAGUGACAGUAAUAAAGGGGACCACAAAGCUGAAGACCUGCAUUCUCUGGAAACUCUGCAUCAUGGUGACUCAGAACUCAGACAUAGCAAGACUGAUCAAGAUGAGUCUAGCCAGCAAGAAGACCCCAUCACCCAGGCUCUGAAUCCAGUCCCAACUCAGUCGACCUGGACCGUUUCUGGUACAGCAGGUUGGCUUGGUUUGGGAAGUGAAGAAAAUAAGAAGGCUGUUGGACAAUCCUCACAGAUUUCAGAACAAAUUACAUUUAGACGUAGAAAAAUAGCAAUAGCAGACAGUGCUGAUUUAAAAAAACAAUCUGAAGAGAGUGAAGAGGAGCCACAUAGCUGGUUUCAGAGCACUUUGACAGGUUUACUCCAUUUUGGAAAUGAAAAAUCAGGACUUAGUUUGCUGUACAAAGACAGCGAUCCAGGUAUCCAUAGCAGCUCCAACACUGCUAGUAGUACUGGCCACCAGGGCAGAACUGCAGCUUCUGAAGCAAGAAAAGAUAGGCAUAGUGAUUCUGAACUAUCUAAAUCAAAUUGGUUUGAUCUGAAGUUAAAUGAUAUUUUAACUUUUGGGUACACUAAAAAAAACAAAGAACAGCUUGCAAAUGGAGAAGUAGAUCAAAAUGAAGACCCGCUGCCUCCUAAUAUGCAAUCAGUAUCAGUGGAUGAUGGUUUGAAAGAAGCAGCAGUGGAACAAAUGCUCUAUGACGAACAAGGCAAAUAUCUUAAAACAAACAUAGAGCAAACAACUGAAUCAGUAGUAGAUGAAGAACAACAGAAAGAAAAAUAUGAAGCAAUUACCAGCCCAGAUAUUACAGAUACUGAAGUUCUUCCAGGAAAUGAACAUUCUGAUUUCAAGAAUGCAGAAGCUUCAUCUUUUUCCAUUCAGCUUGCUGAAAAGCUAAAGUCAUCCAAUACAGAACAAGAUUCAGUAUCAGGCAACCAAAUCAUCGAAAAUACUCAAGAGUCAGAAAGAAUAAAAAGCCAGUCAGGUUUGUAUGAAAGCAUAUAUAAUAGUAUAAUUGAUUUUAAUAAGGUCACAUCAGAUAAUGGACUAGGGCGUGAAUCUCCAGCUGUUCAGAGCUCAAUUGUAGAUCAGCUUCCAUCUUCACACAGUAUAGAUAAUUUUGUUCCAACAGAUAUUCCAGUUACAGGAGAAGAAAAUCAGAAAGGCUCUAAAAAGCUCCAGUCUUUCUUCUCUAUUAGGUAUUUUACAAAUAUACUGAAUUUUCAGGGUUUUAGAGCUGAAGAAAAUGCAAAUACUUUGGAGAUAGAUCUAAAGUCUAAUGAGGACAACAUACAACCUAAAAGUAGUGAUGCAACAUUAUCCAUAGAUAAAGAAAAUAAAAAACAGUUGUUACUAAAUCAGAAUAUUAUUGAAAAGGAAUUAGAAAACCAGUAUACUGAUACUUCUCAGGAAAACAUUCUGUUGUCUUCUUCAGCAGCAAAAGCUAGCGAAAAAAUAAUAGAAAAAAGCAUUCUAGAUGGUGAAUUAGUAAAAGUUAAUAAACAACAGCUUCAAUUAGCAAAUUCUAAGUUAAAAUCUUGUCUUUCCUAUCAAUGUAUACAAAUAACUAAUUAUGCAAAACAUGAGGAUCAGACAUGGAAGGGUUUGGAAAUACAGGGACACUUUGAUCCAGAAGAUAAAAAUAUUGUUUACGUUCUAGAAGCCAAGAAACAGUCUCUUCUAGAGGUAGAAAAUGUAGCUGAUUCACCACCAGAGCAACAGGAAUUUCCUCAUGGAGACAUUUAUUCUUAUGAAGAAUCUGUUGUAAUGAAACAAAAAAAGGAUGCUGGGAAAAUAGCUGGACCAGAUAAAAUUGAACAAGUAGAAAAUUCACUUUUGCAGGCCUCAGAAACUUCUGUAGAGAGAAUAUCAAAAAAAAUGUCUGAAAGUAUACAAGAAAAUGAUAAAAGUAGUCUGGAAACACAUGAAAAACUGUUUUUCAAAGAGCUAGAAGAACCCUUAAGGGAUUUUUCACAGGGCAAGGAUAUUCCAGAUGACAAUGAAAUACCUAUUGCUAUAUUAGACAACGGUAAAUUAGUUAUACAAGGGGGAAGAAAAGAAACUUUAUUAGAAAGAAGACUUGUAAUAGAAAAGGGUGGAAUAAAAGAGACAAAUAGGGAGCAAGAAGCCAAAAAUACUGAGGUAGAUUCUAAUGAAUACUCCUCCAAUGAUGCUAUAGAUAUUAAAGCAAGCUAUCUGCAUAAUCAAAAAGAAGAGGAAGGAAUUGCUGAGGAUGCAAGGAAGGUAGCUCAUUCCCCAUUUUCUAUUCAUUUUUCUCAAGAUUCAGUCAUACAUUCUAAAGAAAAGUACAGCGAAACUGAAGAGCUCCAGUCUCUUUCUUCCUUUAGCCAUUAUAAAGAUCUAUUUAGUGUUCAAAGCUUUCCUGACAAAUCCAAAAAUUCUUUGCAAGAAAUUAAAAGAACCAAGGUUGAAAAUAGCCAGCCUAAAAGUAGUGUUGAAUCACUACAGAAAAACAAAGAAAUAGAAGAGAAAAGUAUGUUACAUCAGAAAACAGCAAAGGAAGCAAAUCUGAAGGAAGAUAUUUUCAACAAAGAUAUUUUUUUAUUUUCAUCAGCAAGGCAAAACAAUGCAGACAAUCCAAAUGUAACAAAAGAUGCUGAGUUAUCAGAAACAAUUUUUAUUUCAUCUGAAUUAUAUUUUUCAGAAUGUAUAAUAGAUCCUUUAUUCCAGGAUCAAAAAGCAUGUGAAAAAAACAUUGACAAGCCACACAAAACAUCAGAAUUACACCUUAAUCUGCAAAGGUCAACACAACAGUACAAAUCUAUGAAGAGAGUUUCCAUAUCUAGAAAACAAUACAUAAAUGAAAUUAAACAUUUAGACCUAAAAGCUUUGGAUGAAAGUACACCUAUCAUAUGUUACACUGAUGUUAUGAAGAAAAUUGAGCAUUCAGAUCAAUUGGCCUCUUUGCAACUGCAUUCAGAAAAACAUAUAAACAACAAUAUACAAGAAAAUGUUAUAGAUUUUUGUAAAGAAAAUGAAUUUCUUGGUGUGAAGAAUGCAGCAAGCAUGUCACCUGGUAGCAUGAAAAUUUUUCCAGUAAGUUAUAAUGAAGACUAUCAGCUGAACAAAAGUAUAAUAACUAAAGAAGGCAUGAAUCAGUUUUCUCAAGAAAGAGCAAAAGUACAAAUGCAUGUUUCAAAACAAAUUUCAGAAUCUAAUGACAGUCAACAAGAUUCCAAAAAGAUACGAACAACUGAAAAAUAUCCAGAUAUAUUAAAGCAGCAAGGGCUAUCUCCAUUCACUGCAGGUCAAGAACUGCCUCAACGUGAGGAAGAAUUUAAUGGGCAGGUCAAUCAUAAAUUGAAUUUUGUCACACACAGUGUGCAAAAGAAAUGCUUUCAGGAUCCACAAAUGCAGAUAGGUGAAAAAAGCAAUGAAGUAAACAGUUCAGGAACAAUAGAAGAAUAUUCUGAUAAUGCUCAAAGUUGUGAUUUUUCUUCAGUAGCAAAAACUAAUGAUGGUCAUGCUCCCAAAGAACAAACUAUCUCACAUUAUCCUAAUUCUCAUACUUUUUCUAAGAAAAGUAUGCAUUUACCACACAUGUCUGAAAGUUUAGCAUAUCCAAAAGAAGAUAAACAAGAAUUAAAAAGUGAACAAAAGGUUUUAGCUUCUCAUGUUGAUCAAUCAGAUAACGAGAAUAGUAUAUCGAGUACAAGGCCUGAUAAAAAACAUAUAAGUCAGGAAGAAUAUGCCACAAAAACAUACUUAGCACCUAAUUUAGAAGGGGAGGAGUUUAGAAAUUUAGUUCAGAAUAGAAAAAAAGAUGGCAUUUUACAUACUGAAGAUACUGAACCUGAAUUUCAGCAAGAAAUAGUACCACUAAAGUUAUCUGCAGUAGCAUCUCAGAAAAAAACUAAUAAUAAUUUACUUCUUAAGAAACAUGGUCUAGCAGAUAUUUCUGCCAGUGAAGAUCAAGAAUCAGAAUCUGUUUUCCAGAAAGCAGUUCAAAAUGGUAAAUUGAUAACUGAUACAGGCUUAGAUUUGAAAGAUGCCAGUUUCUCCAGAAGAUUCCAGGAAUUUAAUUUAAAGCUAGUUGAGGAAUCAGAAAAGAUUCUUCAAGCAAAUAUGUGUGAUAGUUAUGAAUUGCAGCAACUGCAUCAAGAGUUUGAAAAGCUUCAGUACAACACCUCCAUUUCUCCACGUGAAGAUAUUUACAAGGAAAGGAAACAAGUAAUCACUUUGGUGGAGCAUGAACAUAAAUUAAAUAUUGGGCAUGAGAAAUGUAUGAAGACUAUAAUGCAUUUACUGCCAGAAGUACAAGAACUUAUGUGGGACGUCAGAAACAACUGUGGAGUCCAAAAGGCAGAAUCAGGUAAUGGAAAAUUACCUGGCAAAGCUCUCAAAGAAAAACACCCUUUGAAUUCAAAUAAGGAGCCUAAUAAUGAUCAGUAUUCAGAAAAAAAUAUGCCUCCCACAAAUACUAAGGAGAAACUAAAUACUUCAGGAAAAAAUGGUCUAAAUCAACAGGAUGUCAAAGAAAAAGUACAAGGGAACAAUUUAAUGAACCAAAGUUGUACCACUGGUAAUGAAAGCAAAUGGCUACUUCAGAUAAUCCUGCAUUUGAAUGAAUUCUGUGCUGUUAUAACUUCUGUUUUUUCAUCUAUGGUAUCUAUGAGUAAGAAGGUUGUCUCAUCACUCCCUGAAAAUAUGAGACCUGGUCCAGAUCUCUAUGGUUUUCCAUGGGAAAUUGUGAUUUGUGGCACUAUUGUUGCCAUUUUUACUAUCUUACUAGUAUUAUGUAGGAGCUAUAAGUCAGUUAGAAGUAGACUUUAUUUAGGAAGAGAGAAGCAGCUUGCCAAUAAAGUUGCUGAACUAGUUGAAGACAAAUGUAAAGUAUUGGAAAAACUCAGUCUCUGCAAAAAAGAGUACGCAGAGUUAGAAAACACUCUGAAAGAUGCCAGCUUUCUACAAGAGUCAAUCAUUGCAUCAAAUAUUAAGACAACAUAUGAAGAACUGAACAAUUCAAACUCAGCACUCAAGAAUGAAAUAGAAUGCUUAGAAAAAGAAUUGAAAGGAGAGAAAUCUAAACAAUCAGAACAGGAUGAUUUGGUGGCUGAAAUACAGAAAAGAGUGGCAUCUUUAGAAAAUGAAGCAAAAUCUAUCCAGCUACAAGUAGCUGAAGCCAAAACCACAUUAAAAGUGUAUGAAAUUAACAGAGAGAGACUGAAGACAUCUUUGCAAGAUGCAGUAGAGGAAAACGGCCAUCUUCAUGAAAGUGAAAAACAAUUAUUACAAGAAGCUGAAGGAUGGGAUGAACGAUUUAGUGAACUAAAUGAGCAGACAAAAAUGUUUGAAUCAUCUCAAACAAAUAUGGAGGAAGCUCUUAAAAAUAAAGAAAGUCAAGUCAAGUCGCUGACAGACGGCUUACUAAGGAUGAAAGACUGGAGCUGUGCAACAGGAGAGCAGGAUUCUACUGAUGACAACCACGGGAAUAAUGAUAUAAAGAGUGAAACGGAAAAUGGGCAGCAUUUAGAUGAUCCAGAAAAAGAAACUGUAAAGAAGCUAAUUUAUGCUGCAAAGCUAAACGCUUGUCUAAAAUCUUUGGAAACAGAAAGGAAUCAAUUAUAUUCAAAGUUAACUGAUGAAAAGAAAGCAAAAGAGGAACUUGCAGAACGGACUGAAAGACUACAAAGGGAACAUGUCAUUUUGCAGUCGGGGAAUACAGAGUUUGAAAGUGAAGUUCAAAAGCUUCAGCAAAAGCUUAAAGUCAUGACAGAACUAUACCAAGAAAAUGAAAUGAAUCUUCACAGGAAAUUAACUGUAGAAGAAAAAGAACGUUUGCAGAAAGAAGAAAAACUUUCCAAAGUUGAUGAGAAAAUUAAUCAUGCUGCUGAAGAACUGAAUGCCUAUCGACAACGGGCAAAAGAUCUUGAAGAAGAACUAGAAAGAACUGUUCGCUCUUAUGAGAAUCAGAUUAUGUCACAUGAGAAAAAAGCUCAUGAUAAUUGGUUAACAGCCCGGGCAGCUGAAAGACAACUGAAUGAUAUGAGAAAAGAAAAUCUACAUAGUAGACAAAAAUUAACAGAAGCAGAAUUUAAAUAUGAUAUUUUGGAAAAAGAUCCUUAUGCUCAUGAUGAUACAGCCACAGCAUUUGGCAGAGAACAGUCCCCAUAUGGACCCUCACCAAUGGGCAGACCUUCAUCUGAAACAAGAGCUUUUCUUUCCCCCCCAACCUUAUUGGAGGGUCCCUUAAGACUUUCACCUGUGCUUCCAGGUGGAGGAGGAAGAGGUUCAAGAGGACUGGGGAAUCGUGGCACACCUGAAGUUGGUAAUGAAAGAGGAGAGCUGAACACUAAUAGGUUAUCUGAUCCACACAGGCCACCUUCUGACACUGGAUCUUUGUCACCUCCAUGGGAUAGAGAUCACAGGGUAAUCCUCCCUCAUCCAGGUCACCUGUAUAAUGAGCAGUCUCUUCCUCCUCGAAGACCAGAAAGAUUUUAUUCCAAUCCUUUAAACUCUGGAAGGCUUUCAGGACCAGCUGAACUAAGAAGUUAUAACAUGCAUUCACUUGAGAAAACAGAUGGACUAUCAUCUGAAAAUAACUUGAGAAUGGACUUGAGUGGAAAUGAAAUAAGAGAUCAUUCCAAUGGCAGUAAUAUGCUCAAUAUACCUGAUCAAUCUCUUCCUCCUGAAAAUGAAACCUUAGGAUCAGGAAUUGUGCCACCACCACUUCCCUUUUUGAGAGCUCCUCUAAUGUCAGUGGAUCCAAGAGGAUCUUUCAUGAGAAGAGGCCCUCCAUUUCCACCAUUACCUCCUGGUUCUGUAUAUGGAGCACAAGAAUAUUUUCCAAGGGAUUUUGCUGGUUUGCCACGUCCUCUAUUACCAAUGAGAGGUCCCUUUCCUAUGAGGCCUUUUUCACAAUAUCCACCUCCUCCAAGGGCUGGCUUUUUUCCACCACCACCAUCUGAUAACAGAAAUGAACUGCCUGCUGAGUUAACACAGCUGUCAACUGUAUCUUCUACAGAUCAUCAAGAAUCACAACAAGAAACUGGUUGAAAGUUCUGUUCUUUUUCUCUCAGCUGAAUUAUUGUUAAGUAACUUGUUACUUAAUCAACUCUAUAUUAUUGCUCAAAUUGAAGCUGAAUAGAGUAAUUCUCAGGAGAGUGCUCUGUAAAUAAUGGUUUAACUGUGAAUAAAUUGUAACUGUACAGCAGCAACUUUUAAAUAUUUUUAAUUUGCUUAUUAGGAGAUGUAAAAUUUAGUCCCAUGUAAGAAUUCUCUAGUUGGUUUUGAAAAUAAGUGCAUGUGAAAAUUAGUAUUAUGGUGAAAUGCAGGUGUAAAAAAAAAUAAAGAUUUUAAUCAUUUGUAAUAUUUUGACUAUUUAAUAAAAGAAAGUCAGUGACUUCUUUUUUUAAUCAAUUCUGAAAGUAGACUUUAUGAUAGUCUUUCAGAAGUUACAUUCUUUCUAUUGCUACAUAAAUACCAUAGGAGUAUGCUACACAAGACCAGUCCCACCAUGUUUUCUUCAUGUAAACUAAAGCUUUGUGGGUGGGCAUGUUACUCUGAAAACAUGGGAGAUUCUUUCACAGCAUUGCUCAAGGAGGAAUGCCUAUGUGUAUCUUUUUAAUAAUCAAAAAGAUGGUUGCAGGCUUCAUGUUAUUCCUUCUGAUGCCAUAUAAUUUGUGAGCUGUUGUUUGAAUUUUGAGCCACAUAAUUUUGCAUUGCAGUACAUAAAUACACAGUGUAGCGUCUAUUUUUUAUUUGUUAAAUUGCUGUCCCACUUUUUCUCCAGAAGUUUGGGGUAAUAUACAUAGCACUCUUCCCUUCAUUUUUUUGCUCCCAACAAACUUGUUAAAUAGGUUGGAUUAAGGAAGAGUAAUUGGUUCAAAGUGUCUGAGUGAAGUUCCAUGGCUGAGGAUGGACUUGAAUUUGAGUCUUAAUCUUUGUUCAAUACCCUAAUUACUGUACAUGCUGCUAUAUCUCCAUUGUAUGAUGGAAGUCCUGCAUUCAUUCAAAUGGCCCAUUAUCUGCCAUACCUAUUCAGGUAUAUUGUGGAAGCCUAUUAGAAGAUCAUGAUGACAAUACACUUAGUUAAGUGUUUACUAAUUGUACCUAGUACAGGUAGUCCUCAUUUACUGACCACAAUUGAGACUGGAAAUUCUGUUGCUAAGCAACACGGUUGCAAAGUGAAAUGUCACGUGAUCAUGCCUGAUUUAAUGACGUCAAUUCUGACUGAUUGUUAAGCAAAUCACCAUGGAUAGUUACGUGACCACAACUUGCAACUUUCUGCCAGCUUCCCCG